AUCACUGUAACGGCCGGACCGGUGGCUUGAGGAUGUACGGGGAUGGAGAGGGGACAGUGUGGGACCGGGUUGGACGGCCACACCGGGACUGCAUGUGCUACCUCGGACCCCCGACCACUUUGAUGCCCAUCGGGAUGCGCAAGUCGCCCGACGUGAGCCCCAGAAGGCUUUCGGACAUCAGCCCACAGCUCAGACAGCUCAAGUACCUGGUGGUGGACGAGGCCAUUAAGGAGGACCUCAAGUCGUCUCGCUCAGUGGAGGACAUCAAUAGUGCGUCUAUAGAGGAGAGAAUACUGCGCAUCACCGGCUACUAUGGAUACCAGCCCUGGAGUGCCAGCUACAAAAGAGAAGACCGCACCAGGGAGAAUGUGGCGGGCGCUGUUGAUGCCCAGGCGGCCGUGGGUGCAGGAGCAGAGCCGAGCACCAGCAAACGGAGGAUCCACUGCUGCGUCCGAAUAACAACCGUACAAGUGCGGAAGGCGCUGUGGGGUGUGGCCAUGGUGAUGUGCGUGUGCUCGUCCUGGGCGGGCUCCACGCAGCUGGCCAAAUUGACCUUUAAACAAUUUGACGCCCCCUUCACUCUCACCUGGUUCGCCACCACCUGGAACUGUCUCUUCUUUCCGCUUUACUACAUCGGCCACUUGUGCAAGAGUCCGGAGAGACAAACCCCCAGGCAGAGAUUCAGGGAGUGUUGUAGAUUUUUUGGGGACGAUGGACUGACCCCUAGGGUGUUUUUCACCAAGGUAGCCCCCUUUGGCCUGCUGUGGAUCCUCACCAACUACCUGUACCUGCAGGCCCUCAGGAAGAUCAACACAACAGAUGCGUCGGCUCUCUUCUGUUGUAACAAGGCCUUCGUCUUCCUGCUCUCCUGGAUUGUACUCAGAGACCGCUUCAUGGGGGUCCGGAUAGUGGCGGCUAUCUUGGCCAUUGCAGGCAUCGUGAUGAUGACCUACGCUGACGGAUUCCACAGCCACUCGGUCAUCGGCAUCACGUUAGUGGUCGCCUCUGCGUCCAUGUCAGCGCUUUACAAGGUCCUCUUCAAGAUGGUCCUCGGCAGUGCCAAAUUCGGAGAGGCUGCGCUCUUUCUGAGCAUCGUGGGCAGCGCCAACUUCAUAUUCCUCUGCUUCGUGCCGGUCAUCCUGUACUUCACCGGCGUGGAGUACAUCGGCUCGAUGGAAGACAUCCCCUGGCUCUACCUCUGUGGGGUCGCUGGACUGUUAUUUGCUUUCAACAUUCUGGUGAAUUUCGGCAUUGCGAUAACAUACCCGACACUGAUCUCGCUUGGCAUCGUCUUAAGUGUCCCUGUUAAUGCCAUGGUGGACCUCCACACGUGCGAGAUCAACUUCAACACCGUGCGCCUCAUCGCUGUUUUCAUCAUCUGCCUGGGAUUCCUUAUGCUGCUGCUUCCAGAGGACUGGGACCAGUGCAUCAUCCAGCUGAGCACGAAGCUACGCAAACGUGACGAACCAGCAGAGGGCAGCAGCGAGGCAGGAGCCAGUACUGGGCUGAACUGGAGGGGGAGAUCCAGGACCUCCAUGUCAACCUUUGCGCACUGACUUCCCUACCAUGCAAUUACAAGUACGAACACAAGGAGGGUUCGAUCGCCUUGGCUGGAUCCAUCGUAGAAAGGAGGAAGUAAAAGUCUCUUGAACUGCCUCAUGAUUGAUUUUCUCAAUCUGGAGGGAAGAUUUUACACCACGUUUGAUUUUGUCCAUUCCAUUCAGAGUUUAUCUCAGUCGGUGCAUGGACUCAACAAUUGUAAUCCCUUCAAAAUAUAUCAGGUAGAACUGAUUCAUUCACUCCGCCAUUCGCACCAUCUGCUAUCUGAUCACGAUCUCCUCCUUUUGAAGGGCCGAACACCCUGUGGACUUCAAAAAAACAACAACAAAAAAUCUGCUUUUACACGCUUUAAGAUCCAAAGAAAAAUGCCUAAAAAUGCUGUAUGGCUGAACCACGAGCGCCACCGCGGUGUCUCUCAGGUGUCAUGACAAAUAUCUGUGUGCAUCACUGUACAUAGCUGUGUCUCACACCUUGGAUGUGCUGGAGCUGUCGACCCCAAUGUGCUCCGCUGAUGAGGGGACCUGUCUCGACCGCUGAGGAUCAAUCUGAGCUACACUCAUUUCCGGAGCAUGACUCCAGCCGGCGACAGGUCAGGUCUUUUUUGACCACACUUAAUUGCCCCUCCAAAGAUUGCAGUCUCGCUUAACUAUGGACUCUAUUAACACAGAGUCACACGGUGGAAUAACAACCCCUCUACGUCCACACUACUUCUGUUCUGUGUCCAAGUAUCCUUUGAAACAUUUCAACAUAGCAGAGGAAGAGUUGGGAGGUUGGCCCAUACCAGUGGUAGUAGCACGUGGACUCGGAGUGUAUCAUCAGGAAUUGAUUUGUGGGAGGUCUUUGUCAAAUCCACAGAGACAAAGUAUGUUCUGGAUUUUCCUUCUAUUUGCCUGGUUCACCUCACUAGGGAAGCGUCCAUGAAGAAUUGUGAUGGAAUGCGGCCUCAACUGGUUUCUUUCAUUGGAGAGGAUCAGUGGAUCUAAACCAAGGUCCUUGUCUUAAAAGGAGAGUCCAGACACGCUGUGUCUCUGUGCACUUUCAGUCGGUUUCCAGCGGUGAUAGGUGAUGGGUUGGACGGUAGAGUUAUUUGUGGAUAUGUUGAGAGUGUUGCCUUUUGGCUCAGCUCUAUCAUAAAGACCACAUUCUCACUUAUAAAAAGUCAAAUAUCAACGAUUCUGAAGUGGACUUUUGUGUCCAAUGGUGAUGCAGAAGCUCGCCUUUGAAUACAUGACUCUGCUAUCCAGAGUGAAGGGGAGUCCACCCCAUCCCUAACCUCCAUCUUUGUUUUAUGUGACCUGCGGCCUACAGUGCAGGAAACGCCACGAAACGUGCUUCAAUUUCACACCUGACACAUCAACAUGUGCAUCACCCUUAAGAGAAAAUACUCAAUAUUUGAUGGUCUUGGACUUGGCCGAUGCACUCCUGCUAAAUUCUUUGUACAAAACCACAUAAUAUUUAAACUUCUCUACUUGGUGAUGGAUCUAAACUCCAACCCAGUCCACCAUGGUUUCAGAGAUAGAGGAGCUGAUCCUGAUUACAUCUGUAAGCUACUUCCAACAUGUGUCCAGUUGCCGUGUUUUAGUGUUCAAAGGGAACAUGGACCACUUUUUUCAGGAUCAAACCUGAAGACAAAACAUGUUGUAGUGUGGAUGUUAGACUCUUAAAUUACUGGGCCGAUCAGGUACAAUAAACGUACAGUUUAGUAUUUGAAAACAAGACACAGCCCCUCAGAUUCGAUGCUAGCAGUUUAAGAUGAAUCAAUUUCAAGCUAAUCCUUUUCCUCUUGACUAAAGCAGCCAACCACAAAUGAAAACUGGUGUGACAAUAAGUGGUCUUUUUCCAUAAAAUAAAGGAAUUUCAAAAACAUUUUUCAAGCGAAGCGGCGACAGCUGAAACGGCCGGUGCUUUGUUAUGCAGCUGGAGGAAACGUUGCCUUGUUGUGAAUGUAAAACCAUCACUCCACCACAUCUGCCCGCUUCUCUUACAGUGCCACCGCAGAGACUCUUUACUACGAUUCCUCCACCGCUCACCCGGACUGACGCUUUUUACAAUCUCACCACACAUUGCAAUAUAUUUUUUUAUAUUUCCGCAUUUGGCUGCUGUCGAAAACAGAGGCGCACAUCCGAGUAAACAAGAUUCACUUCACUGCCUUUUCUUUCUUUUGCAGUACAUGAGCACUGUUUUCCCAUUGUCAUUUUUUAUGACAAUAAAUGAUGAUAUUGUAUUCCUCUGGAAUUAUUGCUAGACAUAUUUGUAAACCUUUGUAAGGAAUGAAGAAUUUUUACACUAAGAUGCAACAUAUGAUUAUCACGUUUGAGGAAGAAACACGACCAGCGUGCUGAGGGAUUUCUAAGA